AUGACAACCCAGCCCUCCAAGAAACGAAGCUUGUCGCCCUCGCUCGUGGAAUCUAGUUCUACUGCUGCUGUUGCUGCUGCUCAGCCUCCAAGUCCAAAACGAGCGCGCGCAAACAACAAUGACAACAAUGACUUACUGACAGAAUUGACACAAGUUUUGGCCGAGAUCAAGUCAACACCGUCGUCAGGUGAAAUCAGUGCCGAACUGCUCGAAACAUUCAAGUUACUCAUGUUGCAAAUCGAGCGAUUAUCGGCGGAUGAAACAAACACAGAGGCUGUACAAAUGAAACAUGAAAGUGAAAGGUGUUUGGAAUCUUGGUUCGAUGACCUGCUUGCACGUUGUGAAGCAGACGGUGAACUGGACCUCGAAACACUCGAAGAACAGCUGGCUACUGCCGGUUAUGAUGAUGAUGAUGAUGAUGGCGAGGAUGAUAUGGAGGCUGCAUUGAGCUUAGCUCUUGCUUUGGAGGAGGAAGAGGCAGAAGAGGAAGAGGCACAUGGAGUAGAAGAACACAAGCGACAAGAACAUCAACAGUGUGGUGAUGAUGAAGAGGAAGAGGUGGUAGUGGUGGAUGAAGGGGCUGAAGAAGGACGUAGUCCAGCUAUUCAACAAGUCAUUGCCUAG